CAGCCGACAUCCAAGUCCUAAGGAGCUCCUACAUCCCGCACCACCACCAAACAAACAGCAACAUGUACAAGCUGGUCGUCCUCGCAGCCCUGGUGGCCGUAGCCCGCGCUGGAGUCAUCUCCGCCGGGUACGCGGCGCCGCACGCCAUCGCCGCCCCCGCCUACGCCGCCGCCCCCGCCUAUGCCGCCGCUGCCGCCCCCAUUGAAUACGACCCCAACCCCCACUACAGCUUCGAGUACUCGGUGAGCGAUGCUCACACCGGCGACCAGAAGGCGCAGCACGAGACUCGCGAGGGCGACGUGGUGCAGGGCAGCUACUCCCUGGUCGAGCCCGACGGCUCCGUGCGCACCGUCGAGUACACCGCCGACCCGCACAACGGCUUCAACGCCGUCGUGCACCGCCAGGCCGGAGCGCACCCCGCCCCCGCGCCCGCCCCCAUCGCCGUCGCCAAGGUGCACGCGCCCGUCGCCUACGCCGCCGCCCCCGCCUACGCCGCCGCCCCCGCCUACGCCGCCGCCCCCGCCUACGGCUACAAGCACCUCGGCUGAAGCGCCGUGCUGCCCACCUCACACUCUUCUCAUCGCCUAAUCCGCAUCUUGUAAAUACGCCUCUGUUUCUAUUUAUCGCUUGCCAGUCAGGGUGACAUGUUGUUGUGUGGCCAUGUUGUACCUUUUGUUCAUGAACAUCCUCAAUAAAACGUAGUUACAAAAAUUU